AUGACGAUACCCGAUGAGUUCGACAUCAUCGUGUGUGGAGGUGGCAGUACCGGCUGUGUUGUUGCUGGCCGACUGGCCAACCUGGACCACAACCUACAAGUUCUCUUGAUUGAGGGAGGGGAAAGCAACCUCAACAAUCCAUGGGUCUUCCGACCGGGAAUCUAUCCCCGUAACAUGAAGCUCGACAGCAAGACAGCGUCAUUCUAUCGCUCUCGCCCGUCCAAGUGGCUUGGAGGUCGUCAGGCUAUUGUUCCCUGUGCUCACAUCCUUGGUGGAGGCUCGUCAAUCAACUUCAUGAUGUAUACUCGAGCAAGUGCAUCUGACUAUGAUGACUUCCAGGCCAAGGGCUGGACUACCAAGGAACUCAUCCCUCUGAUGAAGAAGCAUGAAACAUACCAAAGAGCUUCCAACAACAGGGACAUCCACGGUUUCGAAGGCCCAAUCAAGGUCUCCUUCGGGAACUACACGUAUCCGGUGAUGCAAGACUUCCUCAGAGCUGCCGAUUCACAGGGCAUUCCAACCACCGAUGACCUCCAGGAUCUAGUCACUGGCCACGGAGCCGAGCACUGGUUGAAGUGGAUUAACCGAGACACUGGUCGCCGAUCCGACUCUGCCCACGCAUACGUCCACUCAACUCGCUCUGUUUACCAGAACCUCCACCUCCUAUGCAAUACGAAAGUGGACAAAGUAAUCAUAGAGGAUGGCGUUGCCGUCGGCGUGAGAACCGUACCUACCAAGCCGCUUCACCCGUCCCAGCAGCAAUCCCGCACUUUCCGUGCGCGCAAGCAAGUAAUCGUUUCCGGCGGUACACUUUCAUCGCCACUUAUCCUCCAAAGAUCUGGCAUCGGUGACCCCGAGAAGUUGAAGAAGGCUGGUGUGGAGCCCAUCGUUGAGCUUCCUGGUGUUGGUCUCAACUUCCAGGACCACUAUUUGACCUUUUCCGUCUACCGAGCUAAGCCAGGGACUGAGAGUUUCGACGACUUCGUCCGAGGCGUUCCUGAAGUCCAGAAAAGAGUAUUUGACGAAUGGAAUAUCAAGGGCACAGGUCCUUUGGCAACUAACGGCAUCGACGCCGGUGUCAAAGUCCGACCAACUGAGGAAGAGCUUAAGGAGAUGGACUCUUGGCCAACUCCACAAUUCCGGAGCGGUUGGGACAGCUACUUUAAGAACAAGCCCGACAAGCCUGUGAUGCAUUACAGUGUCAUCGCAGGAUGGUUUGGAGACCAUAUGCUGAUGCCACCUGGGAACUUCUUCACCAUGUUCCAUUUCCUGGAGUAUCCAUUCUCUCGUGGCCAGACUCACAUCGUGUCUCCCAACCCCUAUGAGGCCCCUGAUUUCGAUGCUGGCUUCAUGAAUGAUGAGCGGGAUAUGGCUCCCAUGGUCUGGGGAUACAUCAAGUCACGUGAGACUGCCCGUCGGAUGGAAGCCUACGCGGGCGAAGUCCAGAGCAUGCACCCACACUACGCCUUCGAUUCUCCAGCUCGUGCCAAGGAUAUGGACCUCCUAACCACCAACGCAUAUGCACUUCCUGGCAAUCUCACAGCAGGUAUCCAGCACGGCUCAUGGUCCAUGCCCGUCGAAGCUGGAAAGCCAUCCCAGCCCAACAUCCUGAACAGCAACUCCCAGAGCGUGUACGAGGAUCUCAAGUACACUAAGGAAGACAUUGCUCACGUUGAGGAGUGGGUCAAACGCCAUGUCGAAACCACAUGGCACUCUUUGGGCACGUGCUCAAUGGCUCCAAAGGAAGGUAACGGCAUUGUCAAACACGGCGUUUUGGACGAGCGUCUCAAUGUUCACGGUGUGAAGAAUCUCAAGGUCGCCGAUCUGUCGAUUUGUCCUGACAACGUCGGGUGCAACACUUACUCCACGGCUCUGCUCAUCGGAGAGAAGUGCGCUGUUCUUACUGCUGAAGAUCUGGGUUACAGCGGGAGUGCCCUCGACAUGAAGGUGCCUAACUAUCAUGCCCCAGGCGAGCUUUCCGGCAUUGCCACCUCCAGACUUUGA